AACUAUAAAAGACUUUAUUAGACUAUAAAAGACUGUUUUAAACUAUAACAGACGUUAUUAAACUAUAACAGACUGUUUAUUCAUGUAACGAGUGUAGUUAAUAGGUGUUGCUGGACUUCAGUAAGAAGACACAUAAAUAAUGAGUAACUUCUACGAGGAUACGUUGCUCUUGUUACUGUUGUUAGCAUCGUUAGCACAGUUCACUGCCGUCGCCAUGUUGAGAGCUGCUCUGAUAUUCCCAUGCAGCCCCGUUAGAUGAGCUGUGACCCAGAACCACCGGAUGGACUUCUACUGUUACACCUUUUGCUGUGAUGAAUGCAUAUUUACACAAAUGUGUCUGAAGGAAGCUAAUCCACAAAUGUCCUGAGCGUAAACAGCUGGAAGACAUGAGAGCUUGUGUCCGACGAAGUGUUGCAGGCGGAGCGUGACGUCAGUGAGCUUUAAUCUGUUCAGCUGCUCUAAAGGAAAUAAACACAUUUCACAACAAACAUCUGAGACGAAUUGAUUCACAUGUAAGAAACAUGACUGAACUCCUCCCCCCUCGGUCAGCACUGUGACUCUCAGCUUCAUUUUGAGCCAACGUCAGUCACCACUCUCUGUCUUCUUCCCUUCCUCUUUCUUUCUUCUUCUCUUUCUUCUUCUCCUGUCUUUUGAUCGUCACUUAAACACACACACACACACACACACACACCUGUUAUCUAGGGCUUCAGGCAGGAAUGCAGGUCUUAGUCUAGAGGAGCAAGCAGCAACAGGUCCACCUCCUGAAGGCGCUCCAGACAAAGAGCUGCGAUCGGCAACAGAGAGACCGGAUCUCCAGAGGAGUCCUGGUCCCUCCAGAGGAGUCCUGGUCCCCCAGAGGAGUCCUGGUCCCCCAGAGGAGUCCUGGUCCCUCCAGAGGAGUCCUGGUCCCCCAGAGGAGUCCUGGUCCCUCCAGAGGAGUCCUGGUCCCCCAGAGGAGUCCUGGUCCCUCCAGAGGAGUCCGGGAGCAGCCCGUUGCCAUGGAGGCCGUGCGUCUGCCGAACGGCUGGAGAAAGGGAGCCGCCGACAGCCCAGUGGACAUGGACCGCCUGAACGGGAACACGCCCGAGUGUGGGCGACACACACACCAGCUGCUGCAGAGCAUGCCGCUGGACCUGAUGGAGACGGGGAAGGGCCUGAAGUUCCAGGCGGAGCGCCCCCACCUGGUCAGUCUGGGUAGUGGACGCCUGAGCACCACCAUCACCCUGCUGCCCCUCCCUGAGGGACGGACCACCCUGGGCCACGGCUCCGUGGACGUGAGCAUCCAGGGCCCCGGGGUGGCGGCGCAGCACUGCUACAUCGAGAACCGCUCGGGGGUCAUCACGCUGCACCCCCGUGGGAACCUGUGCUCCAUCGACGGGCUGAGGGCCGCUCAGCCGGCACGCCUGUCCCAAGGCUGCAUGCUGUGUUUCGGCCAGUCGGCCUUCUUCCGCUUCAACCACCCCGAAGAAGCCUUCAUGAUGAAGAGCAUGAUGCCCCAGGGAGGAGGGGUCUCCACGGGGGACUACAGACGACGUCCAGACUCGGAGAGCUUCGUCAAUGGGAACCGCCCGGCCCAGUCGCCCCCGGCUCCCGGAGCCAGAGUCCAGUCUGAGCACAGUGCGAUCGUCAGCUCCAUUGAGAAGGACCUGCAGGACAUCAUGGACUCCCUAGUGAUGGACGACCCCCCGCCGUCUUCCUCGGAGGGCAGGAAGCCUCCUCUGGGCCAACCCGGCCCCCACUCCCCCCUGUCGCCCAUGCUCAACGGCGGCCGGUACCCGCCGUCCCCCCCCACCAGCCCCGGGGCCAUGUCGGUGGGGUCCAGCUACGAGAACGCGUCCCCGCCCUUCUCGCCGCUGUCCUCCCCGUCGGCGGCCAGCAGCGGCAGCUUCACCAGCCCGUCUCAGGACCCGAGCGCCUCCCUGCCGCCGGUGCCGGUCCGCUCGUCCAGCUACAACUUCACCGCCCAGUCCUCGCCCGCACCGCAGCCGCGGACCGUUCUGCCCAACUUCGGCGCCGGCGGGCCGAGCCCGAGGGUUCCGGAGAGCCCCCGGCUGCAGAGGAAGGUCUUGAGCGAGGCCCCUCCGAGCCGCAGAGGCCUGGAGGGGCCCGAGAGCCCCCGGCUGCCGUCCUCCAACGAAUCUCUGAGCGGCAGAAGCCUGGUGCUCGGUGGCCCCCGAGUCUCGCCCAAGUACCCCGGCUGCCCCUCCCCGUCUCCCUCCAGGACCAAGACCACCACGGUGCUCCAGGAAAGGCCCGCCAGCCCCUUCCGGGACCAGACCGGUCUCGCCGAUUGCGCCUCCAGGCAGCUUUCCCAACCCGCCAGAGCCUUCCAGCCGCCCCUGGACCCCAUCGUCCACAUCAUCCAGGGGUCGCCGCUGCAGCUGCACCCCCGCCUGCUGCAGCCCCCCGAGAGCCCCCGCAUGGCCCGGAGGAACCUGGAGCUGAACGGCGGCAGCAUGAGGGAGCUGCCGCCUCUCAGCCCCUCCGUGGCUCGGCGAGGCGUCCCGGCACUCCCGUCCUCGAGGAAUCCGGAAAGCCCCCCGAGUUUGGGCAAGCUCAUCCCGGAGAGCCCCCGGCUCCGACGCCGGGCCGGGUCCGCGUCCGAGGAGCCGGCGUGCGGCGGGGGGAUCCGAGCCCGCAGCCCGUCGCCGGACGGAGGACGCAAGGCCGGCUUCGGGAACGCCCUCUCGCCGGCGUACAGCCUGGGCUCCCUGCCCGGCUCGUCCCCGGCCUCGAGCCCCAGGAGCCGCAGGAAGAUGUCCGGCGGCGGCCGGCUGCACGGCGCCACGAGGGAGCGGAAGAACAGCAUCUCGGAGAUCAGCGACAACGAGGACGAGCUGCUGGAGUACCACCGGCGGCAGCGGGAGGAGAGGCUGCGGGAGCAGGAGAUGGAGCGCCUGGAGAGACAGCGCCUGGAGACGAUCCUCAACCUCUGUGCCGAGUACAACAAGGGCGAGCCCUCCGGUCUGGACCCGCUGGUCUCGGGGAGGCCGGGUUUCCCCGGGGGUCCGGCGCCGUCUCUGGAGAACGCCCUGGGGGGGGCGGGGGCGGCGUCCUCGGCCGCACUGCGCCUCCUGCAGAGGCAGCGGGAGAGCGACGAGGAGAACCUGAAGGAGGAGUGCAGCAGCACGGAGAGCACCCAUCAGGAGGUGAGUGCGUCCCCGAGGGAGGUUCAGGGAGCGUGGGAAUCGGCUCCGCUCGCCGUCGUCACGCGGCUGCGGUCCUGUUCGCAGCACGAGGACGGCGCCGGCCGCCUGGAGCUCAGCUACCUGGAGGACGAGCGGCUUCGGGUCGUCUCUCGCGUGGAUGAGCUCAAGAGCCGCCUGACGGAGCUGGAGCAGCAGCUGCAGGAGGCCAAGCAAGAGGCCGAGAUGGAGCGUGCCUUGCUCCAGGGCGAGAGGCAGGCGGAGCUCGACCAGAUGGAGGCGGAGACCGGCGUCAUCACACAACUGCAGCACAAGAUGGAGCAGCUGGAGAGCGCCAUCCAGAGGGAGAAGGACAAGGAGAGGUCUAACCUGGAGGCCGAGCGCCGGGCCCUGCGGGGCCUCCAGGCAGCGUUCUCUGAUCUGGAGAACCAGCUGCACACCGGACCAGAGUCCCUGAGGGAGCAGAUCCAGGACCAGCUGAAGAGGGACGGAGACGCGUUGGAAGCGGGGACCAAGAAGUUUGAGGACCUUGAGUUCCAGCAGCUGGAGAGAGAGAGCAGCCUGGAGGAGGAGCGAGAGACCUUCAGCCAACAGCUGCUGCAGGAGCGGAGCGAGGCCCGCGGCCGCCUGGCGCAGAGGGAGGAGAAGGUGUCUGCUCUGGAGAACCAGGCGGACCAGCUGGGCCUUCAGGCGUCUCAGGAGCGCGAGCGUCUCUCCAGAGACCGGACGCUCACGCUGCAGAUGCUCCACAAGGAGAAGGAGCGGCUGUCGGCGCUGGAGAAGAGGUACCACGGCCUGACGGGGGGGCGGAGCUUCCCCAGGUCCCCCAGCGCCAUGAGAGAGGAGUACAUGAAGCUGUCUGCCGUGUGUAAGAUGUACGGCGCCGGCGUCCUCGGUGAAAACAGAGGCUCCGCCCCCAGCGGCCGCCCAUUUACUGAAGACGCUGCAUUAGCCGGCGAGGAGUAUGUGACAGUGAACCAGUUGAGUCAGAUGUAUGGGAUGCCGAAGGUGGAGUCUUCCCCGACGUCCCCGCUCCGCCAGCCCCUGCAGUCCGGAGCCGGAGACCCCGUCUUCUCCUGCCUCUCCUCCCCCAAUGGCUCCUCCCUCUCUCUCUCUGUGGAGCGCCCCCCCAAGUUAGACUUAGAGCACUGGUACCAGGGGCUGAUGUCCGGCUCCGGGCCCCUCGCUGACCCCUCUCUGCCGGCCAAGUGUGUGUCGGGCCGCAGGCCGGUGCUGCAGGUGUUCCGCUCUAAGCUGGACAGCGACCCGGGUCCGGCCCCCCAUCACCAACCCAAGUCCGGCUCUGCCUCCCCCCUGCAGCUCGGGGCGGCGACGCUGGGGCGCAGCUCAAAGAGCCCCCUGCUGGCCGCCGGCAGCACCGGCAGCCUGCCCAGGAACCUGGCGGCGACCCUGCAGGACAUCGAGGUCAAGAGGCAGAUCGCCCUGCAGCAGAAAGGUCACCAGGUGAUCGAGGAGCAGCGGCGCCGUCUGUUGGAGCUCAAGCAGCGGGCGGCGGUGGAGGCUCAGUGCCAGUGGGAGGCGCUCCACGGGUCCCAGUCCCACCUCGGGGGCUCGCCGCCCUCCUACUCCCCCGCCACGGCCUACGGCUCCGCCCCCCCGCCGCUGGUCCACCACUCCAUCCUGCACCACCACCCGGCGCCCGGCGGCGAGCGGCCCUACGACACGCUGAGCCUGGAGAGCUCCGACAGCAUGGACACCAGCGUGUCCACGGGGAACAACUCGGCCUGCUCGCCAGACAUGUGCAGUGUCGGAGGAGCGGACGCCAUGAAGAUCGAGGAGAUGGAGAAGAUGCUGAGAGAGGCUCAUCUGGAGAAGGCCAGACUCAUCGAGUCCAGGGAGCGAGAGACUCUGGCUCGCCGUCAGAUGCUGGAGGAGGAGAGGAGGAGGAGGGAGGAGGCGGAGAAGAGGCUGCAGGACGAAACCUUCCACCGGCAGCAGCUGGUGGAGAAGGAGGUGAAGAUGAGGUCCAAGAACUUCUCUCAGGCCCGGCCCAUGACGCGCUACCUGCCCAUCCGGAAGGAGGAGUUCGACCUGCGCUCCCACGUGGAGUCGUCGGGCCACAGCGUGGAGACGUGUCGCCACCUCCUGCUGACCGACAAGAUGUGCAGAGGCUUCCUCGUCAAGAUGGGAGGAAACAUCAAGUCCUGGAAGAAACGCUGGUUCCUCUUCGACCGCCUCAAGAGGACCUUCUCCUACUACGCUGACAAACACGAGACGAAGCUGAAGGGCGUGAUCUACUUCCAGGCCAUCGAGGAGGUUUACUACGACCACCUGCGCAGCGCCACCAAGAGCCCGAACCCGUCCCUGACCUUCUGCGUGAAGACCCACGACCGGCUCUACUACAUGGUGGCGCCGGCCGCGGACGCCAUGAGGAUCUGGAUGGACGUGAUCGUCACCGGGGCGGAGGGGUACACGCAGUUCAUGAACUGAGGCGCCGCUUCCUGUUUCCUGUCCGCAGCGCCUUGUUGUUACUUUAAUUAUUAUAUAUUUUUUAUAAUCUCUCACGUUUUCAUUUGACUGUUUUCACCUCCACAUUUUUCUACGUGAUUCAGUUUGGAUAGAAAAAAGGUAGCCACACACACACACACACACACACACCUGUGUAUAAACCAACGUGUUUACCUGUCAGAGACUUUUCUAUAUUGCCAAAUGGAGAUCUUUUAGUCCCUGUUUGUUGAAUCUUUUGUAUUCUUUGUUUAUUUCUUUUUUUACUUAGAGAAAAUUGCCAAACGACAUAAUGCCAAUGUUUAUUUUGAGUGUUUCAAUCAAAGGGUUAAAUAUAUGAGAACUGACGGUUCCAGCUCACCUCGGUGCUGCUUCCUGGUCACGUGACGCCACAGGACUCGCUAUGGUUCGACCAAUACGGGGUUAAUACCUCAAAAUAAUAAAAGAAUAACUAAACUGUUAGCUUAGCAUAAAGACAGGAAGCAGAAACAUGUUAUUUGAUUAAACAGAGAAAUGACGAGCUGUGCUUCAGUUGCGUCUUUAUGCUAAGCUAAAAGUAGCCGAUUUAUUCCACUCUUAUCUGAAUGCUAGGGAGUUAGCUUAGCAUAAGGACUGACGACCAGCUAGCCUGGCGUCGUUCAUCUGGGGACAACGACGAGGCUAAUGAGCGAACUCGUUAUUAAACGUCGCAUUAUAUAAACUCUGCGACGUCAUUGACGUCAUCUUGCUACAUAACGUUAGCUUGCUAGCUGGAGAAGCUAAAGACGAUCGAUUUACUGGACCCGCUGCAUUAGAGCAUUAUGGGAUGGAAACGGGAAAUGAGUCGUGGAAAUACUUCAUAUUUAAUGCUUAAUAUUUACUUAAAUGUUUUAAAAUGUUAACUCUUAAAGUUGACGAGCAUUAUUUCCUGACUGGAGGACGGGGCGGUAUCGAACGCCCGGUUUAUUGGUCGGACCGUAGCGUCACCGUCACUGCCGGCCUGAGCCACCAGGGGGCGCUGCAGCGACCAGGCUCCACUCGAUGGUUAAUUCUGAGCUGUGCCUUGACUGUUGUUCAUGAGAUCGUAUGAUUCUCCGCGUGUCACCUGAGCGGCGACGGGGCGGACGGGUUCGUACGAGGCGUCGUCAUGACGACGGCCCCGAGCAGUGGGCGGGGCUUACGAGUUCAGUCGUCAAUCUACAUGAUUAGUGAUCGUUGGGACUCUUGACGGUAGAAUAAUACAGAUUAUUAUGACGUCUGAGUUCAUGUUGGUUUCUCUUGCUGGUUUCCUGAAUGGAGUUUUGUCGAUGCUAAGCUACGCUGAGCUAAUGACGUAGCUCCCGGACGGUUUAUUAUUUUACGACAUCUGACGCAACAAAUAAAAUAUUUCGACUGGAGCGAAAAUGCGAGUGACGUGAAUUUGACGUCUUAGAUUAGAGAAAAAAUAAAUGGUGAUACGACACUAGAUACUGGUGGAGAUUUUGGUAUAAUAUAAAUAUAUAUAUAUUUAAAUAUUGAUUGUAGUCGUUUGCCUUAUUACCUAAAAGUCUUCACGAAAUGUUUAACUUCACGCGUCAGCGACUCCCCACUGUGAGCCGAGGCGGCGAGUUUCCAUCGGCGCGUUCCGAACGAUCGGCGGGACGCCGGAGGCCGUUCAUCGUUUUUUAAAAGUACGCUGUGAUGUUCUGAGCAUGUGGCGCCGUCGUUUAGUUUCAUGUGAUGGUAAUUUAUGGUUGUGGUGCCUGAGAUAGCGAUGCCUUCACUUCUUUAAAAAAUGAAAAGAAGAAGACCUUAAUAUAUUCUCUACUUCCCCCGCAAACCAAAACUACCCAACACCGGCGAGGCCGUUACAUCACGUCUGUGGAUCGUAGGUGGUAAACACGUUAACCGGUAAAGACGUUAGCCGGUGACUACAUUAGCCGGUAAAGACGUUAGCUGGUGACUACAUUAGCUGGUAAAUACGUUAACCGGUGACUACAUUAGCCAGUAACUACGUUAGCCGGUAAAUACGUUAGCCGGUGACUACAUUAGCCGGUAAAGACGUUAGCUGGUGACUGUUACCUGGUGACUACAUUAGCUGGUAAAUACGUUAACCGGUGACUACAUUAGCCAGUAACUACGUUAGCCGGUAAAUACGUUAGCCGGUGAAAACAUUAGCCGGUAAAUAAUUUAGCCGGUGACUACGUUAACCGGUGACUACAUUAGCCAGGAACUACUUAGCCGGUAACUACGUUAGCCAGUGACUACAUUAGCCGGUAACUACGUUAGCCGGUUAAUACGUGGUUGUCGAUGUUGAAAAGAAAGGAAAUAUGCUGUAAAAAGGAUAAAAUAAAUGAAUACUACUCGUGCUAUUGAUUGAAACAGUAUUGUAUUAAAGAGAAGUACAAUUUU